GUCGAACUUUAACGGCGCUGGUUAACGGACGCGUUUUACUUGCUCCUCUUUGGCAAUCACUCUCUCUCUAGUAGCAGUUUGUCUCUCUCGCACCGCCGAAAACACUCGCAACGCUUCGAAAUUUUGCGACGCCGACAGUGACAGCGACGCCAACAGCAGCAACGCAAGCAACUGAAAAGUGCAGCACUCGUUGGCCAGCACUGCACAUUUGUGGACUUGACGUCACCAUCAACGGUUGAGCAGCCCAUCCAUCCAUCCAUCCAUCUAUCCAACUGCUAUUGAUCUAGCCAUCCUUGGCCAUAGCGUCAUACCGUCAUAUCGCCUGACCGCCUUAUCGCCAUCAAAGCCAAUACAAUGAUACUGCGAAACACAAUUGUUGGCCAGCUGCUGUUGCUGAUGUUGCUCUACACAACGGAGUAUCUGUGCAAUGCCAAGACCGUAUCCACGGAGCCACUUUCAAUGGCAUUGCCCGAACCACGAGCUUAUCUACCCGAUGCCCAAAAUCUGGAUUUCGUUUAUCACGAUCACGAGGAGCUCACUCGAUUCUUGAGGGCCACAAGUGCUCGAUAUCCCAAUCUAACAGCACUUUAUUCGAUUGGCAAAUCGAUACAAGGCCGUGAUCUCUGGGUAAUGGUCGUGAGUUCAUCGCCGUAUGAGCAUAUGGUUGGCAAACCCGAUGUCAAAUAUGUGGGCAACAUUCAUGGCAACGAGCCGGUGGGUCGCGAGAUGCUAUUGCAUCUCAUUCAGUACUUUGUCAGCAGCUACAACACGGAUCAGUAUGUGAAAUGGCUGUUGGACAACACACGCAUACACAUCCUGCCUACCAUGAAUCCCGAUGGCUAUGCCGUAUCGAAGGAAGGCACCUGUGACGGUGGUCAGGGGCGUUACAACGCGCGUGGAUUUGAUUUGAAUCGCAAUUUCCCGGAUUACUUUAAGCAGAACAAUAAACGCGGACAGCCGGAAACGGAUGCGGUCAAGGAUUGGAUCUCCAAAAUACAGUUUGUUCUGAGCGGCAGUCUGCAUGGUGGCGCCUUAGUUGCCAGUUAUCCGUACGACAACACGCCCAACUCCAGGCUGCUGAAAGGAAUCUGCCGUUCGUCCGCGCUCUGUGCGAUGUUUCAAACCUAUUCGGCAGCGCCGUCGCUGACACCCGACGACGAUGUUUUCAAGCAUUUAUCCCUGGUCUAUGCCCGCAAUCACGCCAAGAUGUCCCGUGGCGUUGCCUGCAAGUCGGCCACGCCAGCUUUUGAAAAUGGCAUUACGAAUGGCGCUGCCUGGUAUCCAUUGACGGGUGGCAUGCAGGAUUACAAUUAUGUGUGGUACGGCUGCAUGGAGAUUACGUUGGAGAUCUCGUGCUGCAAAUUUCCACCAGCCUAUGAGCUCAAAAAAUACUGGGAAGACAAUCAACUGUCUCUAAUUAAAUUCCUAGCAGAGGCGCAUCGUGGCGUCCAAGGCUUUGUAUUCGAUCCGGCGGGCAUGCCCAUUGAGAGAGCUUCCAUCAAGAUUAAAGGACGUGAUGUGGGCUUCCAGACGACCAAAUACGGCGAGUUCUGGCGCAUACUGCUACCGGGCUACUAUAAGGCUGAGGUCUUUGCCGAGGGCUAUGCGCCACGCGAGGUCGAGUUUGUCAUUGUGGAACAGCAUCCCACGCUGCUCAAUGUCACAUUACAAGCAUCCAAGUAUAUAAUCGCUUCCACCACGACAACUACGAACGCCCCAAAGCGCAGCACAACGGCGCGUAAUCUGCGUGAUCAGCCCACAGAUUAGAUGUGAUCGGAACCACUGCAUCCACUCCAUCUAUCUGGCGUGUAAAUAUGAGUCUCACGAGUGCUUUAAUCUUAAGGCUUAACACAUAACUAACAAACGAAACUAACUAACUAACCAAUUAGUCCCACUAGUAGUACCUUGAAAAAAAUGGGCGAGAUUGCACUUGGAUGAUUGGUGUAGGAUGAGAGGAUGUAUGAAAUAAAAUGGAAUAGUUAUUGACCAAUACCUUAGGAUUAAUCACAAUAAUUCUUACCUCACACGUAUGCCAUAUUGUUACAAAAUAUCUUCCUGGUUUUUGUUUAUGAUCUUCCUGGUUUUGGUUACGAUUGUUAUAUUCAGAGAUUCAACUAAUUGUUAAGUGUUUCUUGUUGUUAAAAUAAUAUUGUAAAUUGAUAAAAUACCUGUUUCGUUAUGUUUUGUUUUGGCUUUUUAACGUGGACAAUAAAAUGUGACGGAGUUGCUUUCAAUCUAGAAAC